AUGCUCGGUGCCAAUAGGUACACGAGACGCAGAAUGUUGAACGGCGACAAAUGGACGGAUUAUGUGCGGACUUUUGCUGAAGAUCGAGAUAGUUGGGAGUCACCCGGUGGAGGGUACCGUAAUAAAAUAGACCACAUCAUCGUCAAUAAAAGGUUCUGCCUGACGGACGUCGCUGUUGUACCGAAGUUCUAUACGGGAUCGGACCAUCGCCUCAUCCGAGGAAGAUUUUCCUUCACAAGGAGAGCAGAGAAAGCCGCCAAGUUCAGAGGGAGAAAUCCUAGAACUAUCAUUAACUGGGAUCUCUUCGCUACUCUAGCCGGCUUUUGGAAAGAUUCCGCAAUGGACAACAUCGACGAGGAAUAUGACCGGCUCGUUGAACACCUUCACUGCGCGAAGAAGGCUGAGAGUUUUAAAAACACCAAGAGACGCCUGUCUCUUGAAAAUCUUCAGCUGAUACGCCAGCGUGGAGCAACACGAGCCGCAGGGAACCAAGAACUCACGUCCGAGCUCGCAAGGCUUUGCAGAGAGGCGAUAAAGGAAGACCUUAAAGAGAGAAGAGUAGAAGUGCUGGCUGAAGCUGCAGAGGCGGGGAAAAGCAUCUGCUAUGCCCGUCGAGACUUCGCCAGUCGCAAGACGAGGAUGACUGCUCUCCGGAACCCGAAGGGAACAACCAUUGCAUCGAGAAGGGGAUGGAGAAAAUCAUCUAUGACUUCUACUCUGAUCUCUUCGACAGCCAUGUCCACUUGCCUCCUCACCAUCUGA